CUCCACCGGUCACGACCAUGAAGAGGCUGAGGUUUGGCGAGGAGCCGGAGGUGGACGGCGCCGCCAUAGCCCAUGAGGUGAUGAUGUUGCUCGCCGCGCGGGGCGCCGCGAUGGGGGUCGGCGAGCCGGUGACGGUGGCGCGGCCGCGCGCGUUCGAGUGCAAGACGUGCAACCGCCAGUUCCCGUCGUUCCAGGCGCUCGGCGGUCACCGCGCCAGCCACAAGCGGCCGCGGGGCGAACCGAUCAGCGCGCAGGCGCCGGCGCCGGUGCCUGCGAGGAGGCACGGGUGCACGGUGUGCGGCGUGGAUUUCGCGCUUGGGCAGGCUCUUGGCGGGCACAUGAGGCGCCAUCGCGCCGCCGGCGCCGAGGAGGAUGACAGCGUUCGCCGCCCGGCGAUCAUCGAGCUGGAGCCCGGCGAGCAGAGGGGGCUGCUGCUGGGCUUGGACCUGAACGCUACUCCCGCUGAGCAGGGCUUAGACCUCUCUCUAUGGGCCUGACCAAGCCAAGGUCCAGUGGGCUGCUGUUCCUUCUGCAAUAGCUCCUCUCCUACUCUUUUUCCUAACCUAGGGGUGUGGGGUUUCUUUCUUGUACAAUAUUGGUGACUGUCAAUUGGUUGAUUUGGAUUUCCACCCAAAAAAAAAAGUUGAUUUGGGUUUGUGAACUGGAAGGAUAAAACACAUUUUGUCUUAUGCUAUAUGUUGUAAUUACUUGAUUGCUUGGGUUUGGUUUCGAUACCAAAUACUGAUGAUCGAAUGACAAAUGCACUUCGACAACAGAUCCGAUGAUUACCUUGUAGUCGACAAGCGA